UUUGGAGAAAGAAUUGGGAAGGAUUAGUGAAUUAAUUAAAGACUUUCAAAUCUCGGAAUUUUGCAAAAUGAUCGUUAUGGCCUUCAAGGAGCUUAUAAUUUACGUAAAAAAGCGUUGGAAAAAAUUCCAGAAACUAAAGAACCUUUAAUUUUGUUAUCUCCUUCUGCUGACGUUCCCGGUAUGUUUUUCUUUAAAUUUUAAGUAUUGAAUGGAUAAUUUGAGAAAUUUGUUAAUAAAAUAUUUUUUAAAUUUAAAGAAUUAGACCCAAGUCUGUUGACCGAACCAAUUGACCCAGGAAAUGUCCCGAAUUUGUCUCAAUCAAUUUUACAUUUAAUUACUGACAAAAAAGGGAAAUUACAUCCUCUACAUGUAAAAACAAAUUCAAGAAGAAUUUUAAGAUGUGUUGAAUGUGAAAAUAUUAUUUAUAGAGGGGAAUUUUCUCCAAAAGAUGUUAAGCCUAAAUUACAGGUUUUUAAAUUUUUUGUUAAUAAAUAAAAUUAGUGAAAAAUCAUUAAGGAUUUUCUUUGAAAUUUUUUGGGCCGUUUAAGGGGACCUACGUUUUAUAAAAUCAAUGUAUUUUACUCGCUCCUUUAUCAAUCAAAAUUAGUCCUUUCCUCCUUACUAACAUUUAUUUUUCAUCAGGCCCGUAGCCAGGAUUUUUUUUCGGGGGGGGGGGGGGGGGCAAGGGGGGCCCCAGCCCUUCCCCAAAUUUUUUCCUUUUUCCCAUUUCGGGGAGGGGGGGGAGUUCCCCCCCUCACCCCCCCUGGCUACGGGCCUGUUUUUCAUAUGUAGUACAAGGUGGCUCAAAAUUUGGUACCAAAAUUAGUCUCAUAAUGUUACUCGCAUCAGAUUUCUUUCCAGAAAUUAGAAUUUCACGACAAGUUGAACUCAUUUCUGGUCAAAAUUCUGUCAUCUUUUUGGCAAUAAAUAACAGCACAAUAUAUUCUUUUAAAGUUAAAUUAAUUGGAAAAAAAUGUGAAAAUGAUGAAAAAUGUGUUGAUACAUCCAAUUGUUCAUUAGAACUGCUCAUCCCAGAUAAGGACAACUCCGAAACACAAUUAGUGGAAAUAAAAUCUGAAGUGGAACCAAAAUAUAAUGAAAACUCUAAUACACUCCUUGCAAUUGAAGCACCAAAUGAGACUUCCAGUCGAGUUCUCUAUGUUAGCAAAAACAGAGCUGGUGUUUGUGUUGAAUGUCUCCCUCAAAUUGAGACAAAUUUGGAGGAUUGUUAUGCACUUUUCUCGCUUUCAUUUACUCCAACAAAUGGCACGUUUUCAACAUGUACAGUUGAAAUAAAAAUAUUUAUUGGGAAGGCUUUGUCUAAUACAUUGGAAUUGAAAAGGAUUUAA